UGUAACCAUAAUACACCUAAGACACAAUACAUGUAUUAGAGAAAGGACUAAGUUCUUUGCAGCUUUGAAGUAAGUGCUAAGCUGUGUGUGUUUACGGACAGGGAGAAAAUCCUUAACUUUCAUAAGAUUUUCAAGAGGGCUUAUCACAAUUCAUAAACAACUGAGAAUUGUAUUAGUUUCCUCUUCUGAUAUUUUUGCAACCAUGUCCCUGUGGGACACAAAAGCCUUCACCCUGAGGAGGAAGCAGGAAAAUUGGGGUCUUUCGCAGUGUCGUGAUUUCCACUGAGUCUGUUGGGGCUCAAGUGACCUGGACGGUAACGGUCAGGGGCAGAGCCUCGUUCUUCCCUGCUCUUUCCCUGGCAGUGCCGUCCACCUGCUCAGGAGAGAGAGCUGCUCAAUCUGCUUGACAAGUUCUAGAAAGAAGUGGAAGUAGCCAUGGUCUGAGCAGGGGGCCAGGACAGAUGAGAAGACAAGCAGGCUCCAGUCCCAGGGGGAGAGUGUAUCCAGCAGGACCCUAUGGGGCCUCCCUGGGACAGACCCCUCCCCCAACGCCCUGUCCUCUGCUGUGGCUUCCCUCUGAAGUGCCCAGAUAAUGUCCUAUGCAUGUUUCCUGAGGUUUCCGACGCUACAAACCUCCACCAAAUGGAAAAAAUGAACUAUCUGAUGAUCAUGAGCACGAGGCCCCCAGACCUUCUUGUCCUGGGGACUGAUAAUGUUAACAGCUGUGUUACCUCACGUCAUCCAAUCAGAGAACUGUGCAUGAGCCGAUCACAUGCCCUGGGACGCCCCUCCCUCACCUGGCCUUUAAAAAUGCCUUGCUGAAACCUCUGGGGGCUUCCAGGGUUUUCAGACGUGUGUCCCCUGUUCUCCUUGCUCAGCCCUGCAGUACACCUUUCUCUGCUCCAAACUCGGACGUUUCUGUAUUACUUGGCCUCAUGGCGCCUGGCAGGCAAAACUGUGCUCGGAAGCGAGAGGAAAUGAGGAAACAGACAGCUACCAGCUUUCAGGCUCCUUGGGAGGUUACUGAAUUUGGUGGGUUUGGGGCUUUGGGACACAGCGCCCCAGCCCCCGUCCUUGGGGCCCUGGGUUCCCAUUUCUGCUCCCGGCACCGACUCAGCAGCUCUACAGGGUAUUGGGUGACAGCCUGGGGGGCCCUCUUUCCCCACACCACGGGCAGUUGGUGGGCUAGCCCCGUGGGCACCCUUGGGUGAUGAAAUCUAGCACAGCAGCAGGGGAUGGGGCUGCGGAUUCUCCAGCCCCCACCUCCCCCUUCCUUCCUCUCUCAGGGGCUCAAAGUCUGGCAGGAGGAAGCACCAGCAGCAACUGCCUGGCCGGCCUUCCCAGGAAGAUGCGGCCACUCCUGCUCCUGGUGGUCUUGCUCCUGCCCCCCAGGGCGAGGGCAGGGAAGAUCAUCGGAGGACAAGAAGCCAGGCCCCAUUCCUUCCCCUACAUGGCAUAUGUUCGCGGCCGAACUUCACUGGCUCUCAUAACUUGUGGAGGAUUCCUGGUGCGAGAAGACUUUGUCAUGACAGCGGCUCACUGCUUGGGAAGCCAAAUGAAUGUGAUCCUGGGGGCCCACAACAUCAGCAGGUCUGAAAGCACCCAGCAGCAAGUAUCUGUGCGCAGAGCCAUCCGCCACCCCAGAUACAAUCAGCAGAACAACCAGAACGACAUCAUGUUACUGCAGCUGGCGAGCAGAGUCAGGCGGAAUCGAGCCGUGAUGCCAGUGGCCCUGCCUCAGAGCCAGAGCAGGCUGAGUCCGGGGACCGUGUGCACCGCGACCGGCUGGGGCCUGGUCGGCCUGAACAGGAGGACAGACACACUCCGGGUUGUGCAGCUGAGAGUGCAGAGGAAUGGGGAGUGUCACAGACGCUUCAGUUUCUACACUGGCCAAACGCAGAUUUGUGUGGGGGACCCAAGAGAAAUGAAGUCUGCCUUCCUGGGAGACUCUGGAGGCCCCCUGGUGUGUAACAACAUGGCCCAGGGCAUUGUCUCCUAUGGAAAUCAGUUGGGAACUCCUCCAGCAGUCUUCACCAGGGUUUCCAGCUUCCAACCCUGGAUAAGGAGAACAAUGAGACGCUUUGCAAAGCGGGGACCAGACUGAGACCCCACUGAAACUGACUCUUUCUGGGGCAGAGGCCAGCUCCAGGGUGGUUCCCAGAGCCUUAAUAAAUGUCUAAGCCUAGAGCCGAAAUAACUGAUUUCUCAUUUGUUCGUAAACAUGAUUCAGAA